GGCACCGUCAGAAAGCUGCAGUUUUCUUCACUGCUGUUGUAUUGUGUUAUUCAGAUGGCAGCUUGUCUUCUGUAUUUGUUAUCUGGAGUAAUCUGUUUACUUCAUUUAUAACUGUCAUUGGAUAAAUCUACCUGUCUUCUGUUCAUACAGAAGUGGAAUUGUAUUCUUGCACCUUUUUCCAUUAAAGAGGAGUCAGCAUUUUGCAGCUUGCUAGAUUUUAUAUUUUUGUAUAGUGUACAGUGUGUGCUAUUUUCUGCUAUCUGCAAUCCCCUGAUAGAGCAAGCACUAGGAUGGAAGCUUUAUCUCCAAAACUGGAACUCACACAGAACCCGUUGAAAAAAAUCUGGGUGCCUUCCAACAAUGGGCUUCCCUGCAAACCUACAUUGCAGAGAAGGGGAAGAUGUCAUAGUGGAAGUAUGUUCAACUGUAGCAGUAUCCUUCUGCCAGUCUGCAUGACUAAUUGCCCCACAUUAAUUGUCAUGGUGGGCCUUCCAGCACGAGGGAAAACAUAUAUAUCAAAGAAGUUAACUCGGUAUCUGAACUGGAUUGGAGUGCCAACAAAAGAAUUCAAUGUUGGCCAGUACCGCCGUAAUUUAUUGAAAACUUACACAUCAUUUGAACUUUUCCGUCCUGAAAAUGAAGAAGGCAUGAAAAUUAGAAAGCAGUGUGCUUUGUCAGCCCUGAAUGAUGUCAGACGGUAUCUCUCUGAAGAAGGUGGACAUGUGGCUGUGUUUGAUGCAACAAAUACUACCCGAGAACGAAGAAACAUAAUACUUAAUUUUGCUGGGCAGAACGGUUACAAGGUGUUCUUUGUGGAAUCUGUCUGUAACGACCCUGAGAUCAUCUCUGCAAAUAUAAUGGAAGUAAAGUUGGGCAGCCCUGAUUAUGUGAACUGCAGUAAUGAGGAAGCAACAGAAGAUUUCCUGAAGAGAAUAGAAUGUUACAGGAACUUUUAUGAAACCAUUGAUGAGAAUGCUGACAGGGAACUUUCAUAUAUUAAAAUUAUUGAUGUUGGGAAGCGUUAUCUUGUGAAUCGUGUACUUGACCACAUUCAGAGUAGGAUUGUUUACUACCUCAUGAAUAUUCAUAUCACACCACGCUCCAUCUACCUCUGCCGUCAUGGUGAAAGUACUCUCAAUCUGAGUGGAAGAAUUGGGGGAGACUCUGGAUUGUCACAACGGGGAAAAGAGUUCGCCAGAGCUUUAAGCAAAUUCAUUAAAGAACAGAAUAUUAAAGACUUGAAGGCUUGGACAAGCCAGAUGAAACGGACUAUUCAAACUGCGGAGUGCCUUGAUGUGCCUUAUGAACAGUGGAAAGUUUUAAAUGAAAUAGAUGCGGGAGUCUGUGAGGAAAUGACAUAUGAGGAGAUCCAAGAACACUUUCCAUUGGAGUUCGCAUUACGAGAUCAAGACAAGUAUAGGUAUCGAUAUCCCAAAGGAGAGUCUUAUGAAGAUCUGGUUCAGAGGCUCGAGCCUGUCAUCAUGGAACUGGAGAGACAGGAGAAUGUGUUGGUGAUUUGCCACCAGGCCGUCAUGCGUUGCUUGUUAGCGUACUUCCUUGACAAAAGUGCAGAUGAGUUGCCUUAUUUGAAAUGCCCACUUCACACCGUGUUAAAGCUGACACCAGUGGCUUAUGGUUGCCAUGUGGAAUCCUUCUUUUUGAAUAUUGAAGCCGUCAACACACACCGGGACAAGCCAGAGAAUGUCCACAUAAAUCGUUCCACAGAAGAAGCUUUGAAGACUAUCCCUCCUCACCUAUAGCUUUUAGUGUUUUAAAGGUCGGUGCAAGAAAGAAUAAUUUCGGUAGCCCAUCAAGUACAGAAUAUUUUUUUCCAUCCUUGAUGGAUUCUUGCAACUAAAAAUGCUUCUGAUUUUGAGAAUGUACGGUGGCCUGCCCUUGUAAUAUUUAAACACUGGUGUGUUUAAUUGAAUGUUUAAAAUUUUGAUUGUAUAAUGUGCAGUAUGCUGCUUUUUUGCUUAGUAACAUUUUUUGGAAGAACAGAUGAAAUUCUUUCAUAGCAGUCCAAACUGUUUUCUAGCUAAUGGAUGAAAGAUGUGAAAAGGUAUUUUUAAUAAUGUAUUUCAGAUAUAGGGUUUCAAUUAGUAGAUCUAAAAUAUUUUUUUAUUUAGAUUCUCAGACAGUAUUUGGCAAUUUGGCAGGAGGGCUCAUAAGAAGUGACAAAUUUCUUAACACGUUUGAUCUGACAUUAGGUAGGCAUAAACAUGUAGUGCUGUGCAACAUUUGUACUAAAUCUCUGGGUGUCCUGCAGGUGCUUAAUUCUCAGACUCACUAUUUCCUCGUAGACUAGUCUUAACAUGUUUGAUCUGACAUUAGGUAGGCAUAAACAAGUAAUGUUUUGCAACAUUUGUACUAAAUCUGUAGGUAUCCUACAGGUGCUUAAUUCUCAGACUCACUUUUUCCUCAUAGAAUAGUCUAUUUUACAAUAAUUAAAUAUUCUUAGCUCCAAUCUGAGGAAAAAUAUUGUGAAGCAAUAAUUCCUUAUGAAAAUAGGGAAACCACACCUGCGAUUUAAGAUAAAUAUAUUACUUGACGGACCUUGCAGCUUAGUUAUUUACAAGUCUAUAAACCCAACAAGAACAUAGAUAAAAUACCCUAUAAACACUCCAUCUCCCUUACCGGGAACAAUCUUCCACUCCAUAUUAGAAGUCAUACCUCCCUUCCUAACUUCAAACAUGACCUGAUAGUGUACCUCCAUAACAACUCUAUAUGUACCUGUUACCAUCCUACUUAACCCCUCCCUCUUCACAUACCCACUUCACCACUAAGUCUGAUCUACAAGAUCUUUUUCCUCUUUCUAUAACUUACUUUAUCCAACUGCUCUUCUUUCUGUACCCUCCCUCUAGUUCACUACAUCCCUCCUCUACUACUAUCUUCUUUUGCACCAUUCCCUCUUCUGACCUACGGUCCCCUUGUGCAGUCACCCCCUCUACGUUUUACUCUCACUCUACUUCCCUCAAAUCUGAAGCCCCUGCACUUACACAAUCCUUCUUCUAGCCACUAAUCUAAUUAUACCUUGUUUCUUUUCAUUAUAUUACCUACAGCCUUAACUUCCUUCCUGCUUACCUGCUGGAUUUAUUAUUGUUGUUUCACCUGUUACAACCUAUUACUACACUUUUGCAUAUAUAGCUAUGAAAUAUUCCAUUGAGUACAUUAUGUUCUUCUUAUCCAU